AUGGAAGAUCAUCAAAACCAUCCACAGUACGGUAUACCGCAACCGUCUACUCAUUUCUCCUCGGAUCUCUUCGGCUUCAACAUUGUUUCUGCGCCGGACCAGCACCAUCGUCUUCAGUUCACUGACCAUGAGAUGGGUUUCUUGCCACGUGGCGUACAAGGACUUACGGUGGCUGGAAACAACAGUAACACUGUAGUAGCGAGCACAAGUGGUGGGUUUAGUGGCUUUACGGACGGUGGAGAAACCGGGAGGUGGCCGAGGCAAGAGACGUUGAUGUUGUUGGAGGUCAGAUCUCGUCUUGAUCACAAGUUUAAAGAAGCCAAUCAAAAGGGUCCUCUCUGGGAUGAAGUCUCUAGGAUUAUGUCCGAAGAACAUGGAUACACAAGGAGUGGCAAGAAGUGUAGAGAGAAGUUUGAGAAUCUCUAUAAGUACUACAAGAAGACUAAAGAAGGCAAAGCGGGUCGACGACAAGACGGAAAAAAUUAUAGAUUUUUCCGGCAACUUGAGGCGAUUUGUGGCGAAUCCAAGGACUCAACUUCUUGCUAUAACGACACGCAAUUCAUAAUGACCAAUGCUCUUCAUAGUUUCCACGCUCCUAGUCCGAACAUUCAUAACAUAUUCCCACAACAUCAGAAUCUCUUGACCAAUACUCAAAGCCUUAGCCUUUCUAACAACUUCAGCUCCUCCGAGUUGGGUCUAACUUCCUCCUCGGAAGAAAAUGGAUCUGAUAGAAGCAAUAGGACGCAUUGGAAGGCAAAGAUCACGGAGUUCAUUGGUGUUCAUAUGGAGAGGUUGAUAGAGAAGCAAGAUGUUUGGCUUGAGAAGUUGAUGAAGACUAUGGAAGACAAAGAACAUCAAAGGAUGGUGAAAGAAGAGGAAUGGAGAAGGGUUGAAGCGGCAAGAAUCGAUAAGGAACGUUCGUUUUGGGCAAAGGAAAGGGAGAGGAUGGAAGCUCGAGAUGUCGCGGUUAUCGAGGCCUUGCAGUAUUUGACGGGAAAGGCGUUGAUAAGGCCAAAAUCUUCGUCCCUCGUAUUGAGGAGUAAUGGGAACGGAAGCGAUCAAACGAUGACUAAUGCUGAUGAAGAAAACAAGAACAUCAUGGAGAAAGAACAAAUGAAUAAGAAAAGGAAGGAGAAUUGGUCAAGCCGUGGUGGGUGUUUUUCGAGAAGGGAAAAGAAUGUGAUGAUAUACAACAAUCAAGAAACUGAAAUCCAAAGAAAAUGUAGUCAAGAUGAUGAACAUAUGAAUGAGCAACGCGAUCAUGUAGGUUGCUCAUCUUCAAACCCGAACGAUGGAAACCCUAGCCGUGACAUUGCCAUGGCGGCUGGUACAAACUGCUUUCCGUUGGUCAUGGGAGAUGGUGAUCAAAACUUGUGGGAGGGUUAUGGUUUGAAGCUAAGUAAAGGAGAUAAUAAUCAGUAA